AUGCAAGAGUUUUGGCUGAAAGUUUCCAACAUAUUUGAAAUGACUCUGUAUUUGAGAAGAUAUGACUCUUAUAGUGGGCUUCAACUCGCCAGGGGUGAUAUUAAUGAAGAAGAGACGUUGAAAAUGGCUAACUUACAAAAGUUGAUUGAAAGAACUGAAAUGGGCGUAAAUAGUGAAUAUCGCAACAUUGUUGAAUUAAACAACAUUUUUAGCACGUAUGGUUUUACAAUAGAUUUCAAUCAAAUGGAAAAUGAAUAUUACGACUGGGAUGUUGAGGAGAUAUUUGAUCAUAGAUUCGCCAAGUUAAUGGUGGACAAUGAAAAGAUGCAAAGGAUUGAGAAAAACCUCUCCCUUGGCAGCUAUGAGUUGUUUCUACAUAAGGCAUUGAUUUUAUCAUUGGAAAUGAUAUCAUACUUUGAUAGUGAGAGAAAUUCGAGUUAUAAUGAGUUUUCUACUCUUGAGGAAUGCCAACUAAUGAACCUAGGUUUACUCACAUCUCUCAGUAGUACUCUGAAUAGCAAUGCUAUUGGAUUGAUGGUUUCCUCUUCAGAUGCAAAAGAUAAUUUGUUGUUUUCAAACAGAUUUAUUGCCAUGUCAAUAGAAAUAUCACAGGAGGAAAGUGAAAAGUUUCAAAUACCAAACAGUGUCCUUUUUCUAUCCUUAAUUUUAGGUGGAGAUAGUGAUUGGACGAAUGUUAAAUUUUUAGAGGACUGUUCUUUCCAAAACGUAAUUGAUUUGACAAUCAAAAUGCCUCAAUUUUUAGAUGAUACCGCAGAGAAGAAUAUUUUACAAGGAAUUACUAGAAGCAGAUUUCCAAAACUGGUAAGGUUAUCUGUGAAAUAUGUGUCAUUGUUGGAGAAUAUAUUUACAUUGGAUAUUGUUGGAGGUCUUCUCUAUUUAGAGAUUUUAACACAGUUACCACAUAAUAGAUGGGAUUCAACAAAUUAUUUCAGUUCAGGAAUGGUUCACAAAAUGAUUCAGGACAAUUUAAUAGAGAAAGACUCUCUAAUGCAUCAUCUUAUCACCAAUGCCAACAUGCUAGCAAAAAAUCCUGAUGCAGAUUAUAAUUCUGUCGAGUCGUACUAUGAAAUUACCAAAGAAAAGUUUGUGGCAUCUAUUUCUCACUCUUCCAUUAACGAAUUUUACAAUCCAAGUACUGAAUAA